AUGGCGAGCUCGUCGACAUACCAGGCCGUCGACGCGGUCGUCUCCUCCAACUUCUCCAUCUACUCCGCUUCAGUCUCUCGAGCGCGCGAGUCAGCACGACCUGACGGGUCUCGUUUGGACAACCACUCUGCCGACCCCGCAUCGGAGCGGGAUUUGCUAUUGGGAGCUGGGAAGAAGGCGGAGAAGCCCUUCUAUCGCCCGAGGCCUCUAUGGUACGCGCUCGUACCUUUCGCGAUUGUGGCGUCUAUCGUUCGUGGCAUGACACUUGCCCCUCGCGUGCAAGUGUAUACACAAUUAUCUUGCAAUGCACUCUACGGGCACGAUGUCUACGACCACACAGAGAUCAACGUCACAUCCAUCGCACCUAGUCCACACAUUCCUUUCCUUCAUCUGGACCCAGCAGGUCCCGCGCUGCAUCCAUUCAUCUCCAGCUAUGACGAGCACGCAGUCAUGGUCACGUUCGCCCCGGCCACCAACGAUUCGGAUGAGGAGCCAGACCCUCGUCGACCCCCUUCGAAGCGUUGUCUCCAGGAUCCGGCAGUGCAGAAGGGCGCUGCUCGAUUGCAGACCAUCAUAACCAUUACAAUGGGCACGCUGUCUGCACUUACGACCGGCUGGUGGGGAAACUUCGGAGAACGCCAUGGCCGUACUCGGGUGCUCGCCGUCGCGACGAUGGGUCUAUUCUUAACUGACCUAGUCUUCAUUCUGGUCUCUACGCCUCACAGCAUUUUCGCGGCACACGGUCACAAAUUCCUCAUCGUGUCUCCUAUCAUGGAGGGCUUGCUCGGUGGAUGGGGAACGCUUCAGGCUGCGACCUCUGCGUACAUUUCAGAUUGCACCUCUGACGGCUCGCGUGCGCACAUCUUCUCCCGUUUCACUGGCGUCUUCUAUCUCGGAUUCGCCGUCGGACCAGCUAUAGGCGCAUUCCUCAUCCGCCACCCAUUCAUCCCGAUAUUCUCUCCUGCCAUUGGCGUGCACAACGGGGCUCCCACAGUCACCUCAGUCUUCUACGUUGCCGCGACCGCUUCCUUCAUCAAUCUCCUGCUCGCGCUCUUCCUCUUCCCAGAGUCUUUGGAUAAGAAGAAGGCCAAGACUGCUAUGGUUCAACCGUCUACAUCCGUCGCAGCUCAGUCUGGCUCAGAUGCCCCGCGGCAGAGCGCCGUCGCACACUUCCUCAGUCCUCUAACCCUAUUCCUGCCGAAAACUAUCGACACUCCCGAUGGCCGCAAGCGGACAGAUUGGAGCAUGACGUUGCUUGCGCUUGUGCUUUUCGGGCAUCUCCUGUCAUUGGGUGUGUUCCAAAUCAAGUACCUGUAUGCCGAACAUAUAUAUGGCUGGGGUGCUGAACAGUUGAGCUACUACAUCUCCACGAUGGGCUUCUCGCGAGCGCUCCACCUCCUGUUCGUCCUUCCUUUCCUCAUCGCUACAUUCAAGCCCAAGCCCAAGCCUCCGCAGCCAUCCGAACCGUCCGGUGCCCAACCAACGCAGCCUGUCAAGCCCUCCGCUGCUGCUAUAGCGAAGGAGAUGCGCUUCGACAUAUCACUCAUCCGUGGCUCGCUUAUCAUCGACCUCCUCUCCCACUCCCUGGUCACGCUGUCUCCAGCCCAUGCCAGUCAGGCGCUUUUCGUUGGAGCUACGGCGAUGAGCAGCUUCGGGGCUGGAUUGGUUCCCGCGGCGAACAGUCUCGCGCUGUGCAUCAUGCAGUCCCGCGGUGAAGACGUCACAGGCAAGCUCUUCGGCGCGUUCUCCGUUCUCCAAGCCGUCGGCCAGAUGAUCCUCGGGCCCAUUUUGUUCGGCAUCAUCUACAGCGAAACCGUCGCCACGUUCCCGAAGGCGAUCUUCGCGGUUGCAGGCGGCAUCCUCGUCGUCACUAUCGCGGUGCUCUGCUUGCUCCGCCCUGACGCAGGGCUGAAGGCACGCCGCAAGGCGAAGCGUGUCGGCCUCAGCGCGGCGGAGGCCCAGGACAGGCGUGGUCGGUCGCGCGCGAACAAGGAUCUUCGCAGGCCGAGCGACAACAGCAUGCUCAUUCCCACCAGCGGCGAGUCCGUCGGACCUUCGAGCUACGGUUCCGUCUUCGCCUCAAGCUCGGGGACCACCUCCUGAUUGAUGGCGGGCGCGGUGAUAUAGCGCGACAUAGAGAGGUCGUGUUUUGGUUACAUGGUUUCUUGGAUUAGGAUCGGAACGGAACUUAGACCUCACAGACUAAUUCCCUCUUUACAGUAUGUACAUCAGAUUCGCUAACGUAUGGCACCGCAGCUUGCGGCUCAUUUAUCCCUUAACACCCCUCGGAACGUGCUUCGCACUUCCACGGUGGCACGUUGUUGUAUAGACUUUCCGUGUGGUGGCUACACCCCGGUAUACCU